CGAAGUGACUUGAGUGAUCGUAGCAUCAGGAAACAGGCAAAAGCAAAAAUAAAUCAUAAGUGAUCAAAAUGGCUGAGGGAAAAUCACGUCGUGUUGCCCAAACAGAAGAUUUAUCAAAUGUUGAAUUUGAAACCAGCGAAGAUGUCGAAGUUAUCAACACAUUUGACAACAUGGGUCUGCGUGAUGAAUUAUUACGUGGAAUUUACGCCUACGGUUUUGAAAAACCAUCUGCUAUUCAGCAGCGUUCCAUAAAGCCCAUAAUGAAAGGCCGGGAUGUGAUAGCACAAGCACAGUCCGGUACUGGUAAAACAGCAACUUUCUCCAUUUCCAUUCUCCAGUCUCUGGAUACUCAAAUACGCGAAACUCAAGUGCUAGUUCUGUCACCAACUCGCGAGUUGGCUGUUCAAAUUCAAAAAGUUAUUUUGGCGCUGGGAGACUUCAUGAAUGUCCAGUGCCAUGCUUGCAUCGGUGGCACCAAUCUUGGUGAGGACAUCAGGAAGCUAGAUUAUGGACAGCACGUUGUGUCUGGUACUCCUGGACGUGUCUUUGACAUGAUCAAGAGACGAGUGCUGAGAACUAGAGCCAUUAAGAUGCUGGUACUCGAUGAAUCCGACGAAAUGUUGAACAAAGGAUUCAAAGAACAAAUUUAUGAUGUCUAUCGUUAUCUACCACCCGCAACACAAGUCGUACUAGUAUCUGCUACAUUACCCCACGAAAUUCUUGAAAUGACUUCCAAGUUCAUGACCGAUCCUAUUCGGAUUCUUGUCAAACGUGAUGAGUUGACACUCGAAGGUAUAAAACAAUUUUUCGUAGCAGUAGAACGUGAAGAAUGGAAGUUCGAUACUCUUUGCGAUUUAUACGACACUCUGACCAUCACCCAGGCUGUUAUUUUCUGUAAUACUAAACGUAAGGUCGACUGGCUGACGGAGAAAAUGCGUGAGGCUAAUUUUACAGUCUGUUCAAUGCACGGAGACAUGCCACAGAAAGAACGUGAUAAUAUUAUGAAGGAGUUCAGAUCUGGACAAAGCCGUGUUUUAAUUACUACAGACGUCUGGGCACGUGGUAUUGAUGUCCAACAAGUAUCGCUAGUUAUAAAUUACGAUUUACCAAACAACCGUGAAUUGUACAUCCACCGAAUAGGUAGAUCAGGACGAUUCGGACGUAAGGGUGUUUCCAUAAACUUCGUUAAGACUGACGACAUUCGUAUUCUCCGUGAUAUUGAGCAAUAUUACUCAACGCAAAUCGACGAAAUGCCCAUGAACGUUGCCGACUUGAUUUAAACAAUCCACUGUUACUAUAAUAAAUAGUAAUAAAUAAAUUAUUAUUAUUAUUUUUUGUAAGUUUAAAAUAAAUUAACAACCCAAGCUGUAUUUACGGUGCACGGAUAAUCAAAUGUUUAAUUUAAAAUCUAAUGUAUUCAAAUCUAUUCCGUAAAUUAUCAUUUUAAAUAAAAUGUUUAUAAUAUAGACUAAGUAUUGUAAGCUCUAAGACUAAUAAAUAAUAAAAUACCAAGUAAAAAAAAUAA